UCGGCGUCACAGUUAACACACAGAUUAAGAACUGGGGUGCUUUUAAGAUUAUUUGUGGAUCCAUGGGGGGUAAGAAUAAACAGCGAACUAAAGGAAAUGUUCGGCCGUCCAGCAGCGGCCGAGCUGCGGCGGCUCUGACCCGGGAGGGUGGCGUCAUCCCGGGGUUCGUGGGCUUCGACACGGCGCUGACGUCGGAGCUGAGUUACGUCCCCGCGGUUCACGGCGCGGAGGAGAUCGACAACCUGGUGGAUCCAGAUUUCCGCCUGGUGCUCAGGAAACUAUCGAAGAGGGAUAUAGUUACCAGACUAAAAGCGGCGCAGGACUUUGGGUCCAUGUGUCAGGAACGCGAUGCUGAAGAGGUGAAAGGGGUCCUGCCAUACUGGCCAAGGAUUUACUGCAAGAUAUCAGUGGACCACGAUCGCCGGAUCAGGGAGGCCACCCAGCAGGCGUUUGAGCAGCUGGUGCUGAAAGUGCGUCGCAGCAUGGCGCCCUUUCUGAAGAGCUUGAUGGGCCACUGGAUCCUGUCCCAGUGUGAUACUUACACACCGGCGGCGUCCGCCGCAUGCCAGGCCUUCCAGGCGGCUUUCUCACCCAGCAAGCAGCCGGAGGCUCUCGGCUUCUGCAAGGACGACAUCCUCAAUGUACUUCAAGAUAUUUUGUUGAAGGAAACAGCAGACACACUGAGUGACCCGCGAAGUGUGACGGAGGAGGAGAGAGAAAGCAAAUACGUGCGCAUGCUGACCAGCUCUCUGCUGGGGGUGAAGAGAUUGCUCUCCCUGCUGCUCCAGAGUGACCGGGCGGCGCUGGAGGAACGGUUGGCACAUCUUCUGAACUCUGGGAAGUUCUGGAAGUACAGCAAACACAAGACGCCACAGGUGCGAGGGGCGUUUUUCGAGAUGAUGUGCGCUCUGUGCGAGUUCACUCCAGAACUGGUCCAGGCGGAAGCGGCCCGACUCUGCCCCGCCGUCCUCCUCAGCAUCGAAGACACGGAUCCCGUGGUGCUGCCUCCGGUGUGGGAGGCGGUUCUUCACGUCGUCUCUACGAUCCCGGACUGCUGGACACAUGUGAAUGCCAAGAAGGGCUUCUUACCUAAACUUUGGGCUCUGCUAAAGGAUGGCGGCAAAGGCAUGGCCAAAGCCCUGCACCCUAAUCUAAUGCCCCUCCUCAGCAAACUGCCCCAGCAGGUCACCGAUCCAACCUUGGACUUCUACACCACCUUCUUCUCUUCAAUCAUACAAGGGCUGUCGAGUGAGCGCGCCGCGGCGAGUCCGUCGGAAAGUGCCGUGAUCGUGACUUCUGUGGUCGAGUGCUUGCGGUUCUGCGUCCUGCACGACACCGACGGAGAGGAGCAGAGGAACAUACGCACCAUGCUCAUUUCACAGCAGCUCCUGCCGCUUCUCGAAAAGGCUCUUGGAAACCCGUCCCUUCAAAAUGGCCCUCUCUUCCUUCUGGUCACUGAAAUGCUCGUUUCCUGGGAGAGAAAGGCGGGCCUACACGGCGAAGAGGACGCGAUGGAGAGCCGGGAUGUCUUUCAAGUGCUUCUGGCGGACGUCUGGGAGGGGCUCGGUCUUCUGUUCACACGCUACGCCGACAAAGAGGAUGCAGAGCCGCAGGCUUUGGAGGGAGUAGCCACCCUGUUGCAGGUAAUGCGCUGCCCCGAGAAGGCGAAAAGAAACGUCGCGAAGAAGAAAUCCGUCAAGAUCCGUUUCUCCAAGCCAGAAAUCUACGAGACGACGGGAGUCGAGGGCGAAGGCGUCGAGAGCCCCGGUCAGACGGCGCCGGAGAGCGCCAAGGCCUUCGGGUCCCUGCAGACUCAGCAUUUCGAGGACGUCGUGUGUCAGCUGGCCCGACUGUGUCUGGUGCACGUGGACGAGAAACACUCGGAGAGACAUCUUGUUUUCCUCUCCCUCCUCCUGCAAUCGUUCCACACACCCAGGGUCUUCAGCACAUUGGUUGACUCGGAAGACCAAAUAUCAGCCGGCAAGCAGGGGGACGAGGUGGCGGCGAAGAACCCGGCGAUGCGGUUCCUGACGGAGCGGGCGGUGGCGUGGCUGGCGGAGACGGGGCGCGAAGACACGGAGCACCUGGUGGAGAUGGUCUUCAGCUCGCUCUGCUGCUGCAGCCAGCAGGAGACCACCCGCAUCCUCAAUCACGUCACCACGAUGGAUUUGCAGUGGAGAAUCAUCCUGCAAAUUAUCCAGAGGGCGUGCGCGGACCCGGAGACGCUCGUGAGCUGCCGCGCCUGGCUGAGGGGCUCGGUUCUCGGCGAGCAGCUCCUGGGAUUGACGGAGGAGCUGUGCCGGGUGGGAGGCGGCCCUCCCAGUUCGACCUCUUCCACCAGCAACCACAGUUGGACGCUUAUCAGCUUGGUCCUCUCUCGGCACCACGACAACGGGCCCGUGAUCGGGGAGGUGUACACGGAGAAGAUCUUGGAGAGGCUCCACGCCACUCUCUCCGAGACCAAGAGUCUGUCGGACGCCGGCGACGUGGAGCCGCUCAUCUGCUUCAUCUGCGACGUGGCCUCCACCUUCUUCUCCUCCGUGCGAGACUGUCUCCUGCACCUCUCCGCCGAGGAGCUGCUGCUGACCGUCUUCCAGCUCACCGCCCAAGAUCAAACGCACACACAGCUGUCUGACUCACUUUUGGAUAAGCUGAGGAAGGUGUGUGUGUCCGGGGUAAAGUCAUUGGUGCAGCACUCUGAAUGUGAGUUCAAGGAAGGGGGUUUCCUGCACAGUGCAGCCCUCUGGGUGACGAAGCAACUACUCACUACGUCUCUGGAUAUUAAAAGCUUGCCGGUUCUGAUCGUGGCCGUCCGGAGCCUCGUGGAGACGAUCAUCUCCGUCUGCAAUGACGAGUCCCCCAUCCUCGUCCAGUUCUUCACACAACUAACGCCCAGCCAGACGGAAUGGACGAGAAUAAGACGAGCCUUACCUCCUCAGUGGAUCAAAAGCCCGUUGCUGUCCGGCCGUCACCGGGGAGUGUGUGAAAAACCCUCCGUGGAAAUGUGGAAGUUUAGUGCGUCGGCCAGGCCGCCGGCCCACCUGUGUGCCGUGGCCCUGUUGGGCAGCGUGGCCCAGGCUGCUGCGGUCACGCCACGGGACCACAGGGAGGCACAGUGUGCCAACCUGAAGAACACAGUUUCAGAACUGUUGUAUGCAUUGCAGUGGUGUAAAGAGAUGGAGGACGUCCCGGCCUACCGCAGCCUGCUGACGGACCCGGGGCUCCCAGAAGGACUUCAGAGCCAGGUCCCGAUGAAAGAUCUGCUGGGGACCCUCUACUCAAGGUCGGUGGAGGAGGGAGGUCUCUGGUCUCUGACUCUGGAGAACUACAUCCACACCAAUAACUUGGCAGCCACACACAGUGGAACCCUGAGGAAGCUUUACGGCAGUGCGGACAGUUUGUUCCCGGUGUCUCAAAGCAAACUGAGCACGCUGCAGGUGCUCUGCCCGACCAUGGCCAAAGACGACAGGGAGACUCUGGUUGCCCUGGCAACCGCUGGGAUAAUCAACUGGCAAGAAAAUGACAAUGUGUGUGGGUGUCUUGCGGUGCUGCUGUGCUGCCUGACAGCCGGCGUGCGCGUGGAGGACGAGGUGCUGCAGGCUCUCCUGGCCACCGUGAUGGAGUGGAGGAGCAGCCAGGAGGACUGGUUCCUCUUUAGCAGUGAUCUGUCGAAAGCGACUGCGGAGCAGUUGAACCUCGCGGUGGAAAUGAUGCGUUUCCUGUCCUGGCUGGUCACUAAUUGUCCGAGGGUCCUCGGGGGCAGCCAGUGGGAUUUCUUGCUCUGCUCUAUGUUGGCCUGGUUGGAGACUGCCAGCGAGAACGUGAGCAGCUUCUGGAACCCGUGGGUGCAGCUGUUUGUGUGCGAGAACGCGGCAGCCGUCGUGAAGCUGAACCGGUUCUUCACGUCGUCGCCUCUCGACGUGCGGGAGGCACUGCCGUCCGAACUGGUCACCGAAUGGACGUGCUUCUUCGUGGAAGGAAUCUACAACUUGCUGUUUCCUUUACCCGUCAACAUCAUAGACGCCUUCACAGAUCCGGAUGACCCCGUUUUCCCGAUGGCGGUGCUGCAGUCGGUCGGCGCCGCUCUGACGUGCGUGCCGUUGCAGCAGCUGAAGCAGAACUCGCUGCCCCCGCGGUUCAUCGCGGACCAGGAGACCAACCUGCCGGAGCCGCUCCAGACGCUCCUCAACACCUUCUGUCCCCUGCUGCUGUUUAAGGCCAGGCCGCUGCAGAUCACCGUCUACCACGUGUUGGAGAAGGUCAUGCCUCAGCUGCCCGAGUGUGACGGGGAAGGAGACAACAACAAGUCUGAUGAUGAUGGUGAUGAGCCGUGUCUUUCCCCUCCGGCGUCUCUGAUGGCCGUCCUGACGACCUGUGAGGAGCUGUGUGACAGCAUCCUGUCCGGGGUCCAAGUGGGCGAGUUCGCCGUGGUGCAGCCCCUCAGCGUGGAGUACUCGUACAUCCUGGGCUACCUGCUGGCCUGGAAGCUGCUGCUCACCUUUUUCAAAUCCUCGCCCUCCCACCUGCGCGCCCAUUACGCCCAGUUUCUCCGGCGAAGCUGCUCCCUCAACAAGCUCCUCCUCCACCUCUUCAAACUGAUGCCCGAGAACCCCGUCUACCCCGGCCAGGGGACGGAGACCAAGACCUUCUUCACGGAGAGCCAGUCUCUGGCCGUUCACAACGGCGAGAGCGUGGAGUGGGAGCUGCCUCACUUGGCGUGCAGCGUCUACUACAGCACGGUGCAGGACCUGCCUGCGAUGGUGAGGCUCUGGUGGAACGGCCAGGAGAAGAGGGUGAGCGCGGCCGUGGAGAAGUUCACCAUCAAAUACGUCAGCCCCGUCCUCUCGGCCCAGGAGAUCUCCUCCGUCCACUCGAGCACGCAGAUGUUUGAAAGCAUGACGGUGAAGGCCCGCUCGGCGGCUCGCGAGGUGAUCGCCACCUACUCUGUGGAUGAAAUCUUCAUCGAGUUGGUGAUUCAGCUGCCGCAGAACUGCCCUCUGGGCGCCAUCAGCGUGGAGAGCGGCAGGCGCGUGGGCGUCGCCGUGCAGCAGUGGAGGAACUGGAUGCUGCAGCUGAGCACCUACCUCACGCAUCAGAAUGGCAGCAUAAUGGAGGGCCUGGCUCUGUGGAAGAACAACGUGGAUAAGCGUUUCGAGGGAAUCGAGGACUGUAUGAUCUGCUUCUCUGUUAUCCACGGCUCAAACUACUCCCUCCCCAAGAAGGGCUGCCGCACCUGCAAAAAGAAAUUCCACUCGGCGUGUUUGUACAAAUGGUUCACAUCCAGCAACAAGUCCACCUGUCCACUGUGCAGAGAGACGUUCUUCUAGUGCUGGACCCCCGGGGCUGAAAGGUUAAACAUUGACACAGAAGGUUAACGAGGUCUCAGUAUUCUUCUCUGACUCCAUCAUCCUGUUUCAGGAGCUCUGUGGAAGUCUGCGCAGUAAAAACUAAACUAGUGCUCAUUAUAUUUCAGUGACUUUACCAUUUCCAGUAGUUUGGGUUGUUGAGCCUUCCACGAGUUUGUUUGUAUCAGCGCGAAUCAUUUUUCAAUGAGUUUUAAUCUUUUCGCAGACUUGUUUUUCUUUUGAAAACGUACAGGUGUGUAGAAGAGAGCCUAAUUAUAAAUAUAAUAAAAAAAAGAUGGUCAAAACAUUGCAAUGGCCAGAAAAGGUUUAAAAAAAGAAUGAUUUCCUAAUAUUUAGGAGUGUAAAGAGAUGUCUGAUUGGUGACAUUCCUCAUACUGUUUUGACAGGAAAGGGAACUUCUUUAGCGAGGGUUUUAAUUUAAAAUGCCGACGCGUGUGUGUGUCCCCCCCCCCUCCCUCCUGUGCCCGUUAACGGCUGGAAAUUAUGCUGAAAUUAAUAAAAAUAUCUGGAUGGAA